AUGAUGAUGGAUGUUGAUAUCAUUUCAAGAGAAAUCAUCAGACCAUCAUCACUAGCAAUUCAUCAUCUAAAACCCUUCAAACUCUCUCUGUUGGACCAGCUCACUCCUACAACCUAUAUCCCACUUACCCUCUUUUACCCUAAGAACCAUACUCAUUCAACCAAUCACCUAAAAAACUCACUCUCAGAAACCCUAAAUACCUUCUACCCAUUUUCUGGAAGGAUGAAAGACAACCUUUUCAUUGAUUAUUAUGAUGAGGGCAUUCCAUUUACUGAGGCCCGAGUCAGUUGCUGUCUUUCUGACUUUCUUGAACAUCCUAAAACGGAGUUGUUAAACCAUUUUCUUCCUUUCCGCCCACUUUGCAAAGAACCAAACCCAAUGGAAACUGCCCAAAUAGCAGUACAAGUGAAUAUAUUUGAUUGUGGUGGAAUAGCAAUCGGUUUGUGCAUCUCACAUAAGAUCAUAGAUGGAAUCACCAUGAGUGCUUUCCUCAACAAUUGGGCAGCCACUGCAGGCGGGCAUAGUAACAAAUUAGUGCAUCCUAAUUUUUCAGAGGCAUCAUCAUCACACUUUCCCCCUCAAGAUAUAUUGCCUCAUAUUGUUGCACCUUUAAUAGAAAGGCUUUGGUUCAAUGGAAGCAAGUGCAAGACAGGGAGAUUUGUGUUUGAUGCUAAGGCCAUAGCUACUCUAAAGGCGAAAGCAAAGAGUGAACGAGUGCAAAACCCAAGCCGAACUGAAUCAGUGUCUUGUUUCAUUUUUAAACACGCAAGAGCUGCUUCUAGAUUAACAUCUGGUUCUCCAAGGCCAUCUAUACUGGGCCAAGCAGUAAACAUCCGAAAAAAAACAAAUCCACACUUGUCGGAUUAUUCUAUAGGUAAUCUCUUUUGGUGGGCAUUAGCAGCCUAUGAUUAUAACUCACCAGGGUCGACAGAUCAGAUCGAGCUGCGUGGCUUGGUGGCAACCCUAAGAGAAACUAUUUCGAAAAUCAAUAGUGAAGUGAGCAUUCUGCAAGGUCGUGAAGAUUUAAAAGCCACGAUCGAGUACCUAAAUCAGAAAGCUGAAAUGGUACUAUUCUCCAGAGAAAACCCAGAUUUUUUUGCUUUCAGCAGUUGGUUGACGUUCGGAUUAUAUGAUCUCGAUUUUGGAUGGGGAAAACCCAUUUGGACAGGGGUCUAUGGAGAACUUGGUUCGGGGUUUAUGAAUAUCACUGUACUUAAAAAUACCAUCUCUGGCAAUGGGAUUGAGGCAUGGGUGUCCUUAGAUGAAAAAGCUAUGGCUAUAUUGGAGCACAAUCCUGAAUUCCUUGCCUUUGCUACUUUAAACCCAAGUGUUUUAAGCCAAUGA